AUGCAAGCUAACGCUCAAAUAUCAAGUCUUCAAUUCGACAGACGACAAGACUUCUAUAGCGCACUUCUGCAAACGGGGUUUACUGCUAUGACGGCCGCAAGUGAGGCUGUUUACUUGAACGAGCGGCAAAAAGUCCAAGUUGCCAAGUGGACGUGGAUAGAAGAAGAGCGAAUGAAUGAGCUCGAGCUAUCGGACAAUGCCAUGUCUGAAACAUCUCGGUCCGGCUUUACAUCUCACCUUGGUGAAGAAGUUUCUGCUGGAAGUGGUUAUGCAAGACAGAAGAGUCCAUUAGGAGCAGCAUCUCUGACAGCUGACGUAUCGAAAGGAGCUGAGAUGGAUGCAGUGGGGUUUCUACGCCGACUUCAACGCUUCGGCAGAGCCUCUUCUUUUAUGGGUGGAGUCUUCUGGCUACUAAUAGAUUUGUAUAGAGUUCUAGCAUCUGUUCUGCUGGAAAAGGUUGGUAUCACACGUCGACCUCGCUGGUUGGAAACGGCGAGACUUAAGCAGACCGAACACGCACAGGCUAAGGUUGGUGAGCCCCCUAAGGCUCGAUCCAUGGAUUUCUGGAUGCUCUCUAAUGAAGGCGUGCUUUCUCUCCCUACCGAUCUCAAUGUUGAUGUAGAAGAAGAGACAAAGCGCCGGCUAGCUGAAAGUAACGAGAGCCGUCAGCCUCCCACCGAAGAACAGCUCAGUGUCAACCUUUACGAGUGGUGGAAACACGGAGGCUGGUGGGGUGAGAAGGACAUUUCCGGUAGCUACGCUCCAUCUAUACAGGACGACGAUGAUGCAACUAGCAUAAUAACAAGCACAACCUGCGAUGAAUGGGAGGAUCUCAACGCAAGCAGCUCUAAUAGCGGCCAAACAACACCCACCAACCUACGUCCUUACACUGACCGAUCACGCAGCUCUUCUCCCACACUAGACUCCGCUAUAGAUCCUGCCCACCUCGCCUCGCUUCUCGAUCCUCAAGACCUUGCUUCUCGCCAGGAAGCAAAAAUGCUCGCUCAACGCCUCACCUCUCCCACCGUCGUAACACGCUCCCAAUUCCGCUACGCUCAAAAAUUCGCACACUCGAAACUCCUGACAUCCACUCGCUAUCGACCAGAUAGUGCUGGCAUUCCCUCUACAGGUAAACUAUCCGCGGCCGAGGAGGCACAGUUGCUCGAACACCUGAUUAUCUCCCGCCGCUCGCAAGCUUCUUCUGCUCGUGAUGAGAGGGGGAACUGCACCUCGUGGCGUGCAGGCGGGCCUGGCUUGGGCUCUGGAGGACCACAAUGUGUAGUCUGUCAAAGCUCGCCGAGGACUGUGCUUGCGUGGCCGUGCCGGUGCUUAAGUCUGUGUGAAGACUGCAGGGCAGGAGGUUGUGGGGUUCAGUCGACUGUUCGUACCGUGAAGGGUGUGAAGUAG